CGCAUUGCGCAUCACUGCGCUUGACCACUGUGUCUGUCUCGAACAUAGCCUUUCUACGCACCAUUGCUAGAUCGGUUGACCAGGGGGACAGUCACCUGCUGCUUCCGGUCGACAGGAUGGCCGAGACGCCCUUUCAGAUCCCUGGCCUGGGCCAGGCGAAACCCAACGAGAAGUUGCCAGUCGAAAACUUCGCUCCCGAUCUCAUCGCCGCCGCCGCAAGUAUAAUGGGGGAGGACAAGGUGACUGUGGGCGCUACUAACGGGCAUGCGCAAUGGGAAAGAAAAGAGCAAGAGGCUAAGCAAGAGGAGGCCACAAAAACAAGCACAUCAGCCCGAGAGGGAGCUGACAGCAUGGAACUCAACAUCACCGACACAAGCGCCAUGGGAGCCAGCCAGGACCAGAAGCAAGACGUGAAGAUGCACGAUCAAGAACCAAAGACCGCAGAAGGUCAGGCGCCCGACCACGACAUGAAGAAUGGUGACGAUGCGUCGACCCCAGACGUCACGCACGCCCUCGAAGCCGCCCUUGACGGCAUGCUGUCGAAUAUCAGGGCGUCCGCUCGGCCGGCUCAGAACCAGGAUGGUGUAGCAGUCAUCCAGGAGCAACAGCAGGAAUCAUCCGAUGCGCAGCAAGAGGACGAGGAAGCCGAAGCCGAAUGGGAAGUCGACUCUUCACCCUACGAAUCGUCUUCGGACUCUUCCAGCUCGGAUAGCGACUCGGACGACGACUCCGAAGAUGGCGAGGGUUAUCCACUCCUCGGCAUUGAAGAAACAGCGCGCCUGCUAAUGGCUGCCGAUGGCGAUGGUGACGCCGACGGUGACGGGAGCGGUAAGUCCAAGGGUGCCGGGGCCGCUCUCCGGACCAAAAACGAAAUGCCCGAGGAGGUGCUCCCCAAGCCAGACGUCACCAUCACUCCGGAGAUGAAAAUUGAGCGCCUAGGGAAUAUCGAAUUCAUAGUCGAGACCACCGUUGUCAUCAAGUCGCAAACACCGGGCGAGGUCCAGGUCUUGGACACUGGAUCUGUGCUAUGCAGAGAGGAUCGCACCGUCAUUGGCGCGCUGGCCGAGGUCCUGGGAAAUGUGCGCAGUCCCAUGUACACGGUUGGGUUCCGUACUCUGGAUGAGAUCAAGGAGCUCGAAUUGGCGACCGGCAUGCCUAUCUAUUACUCGGUUCAGCAUGCCAACUAUGUCUUCACACAGCCAUUGAAGGAAGCCAAGGGCACAGAUGCCAGCAACCUCCACGACGAAGAGCUGCCGCCGGAGGAAAUGGAGUUUUCUGACGACGAAAAGGAAGCCGAGUACAAGAGAGCGCAGAAACAAAAGAGACGAGGAGCCAAGGCAGGCCGCGGUGGGCGGGAACAGGGCACCGCAAAUGGCCAAACCCAGCCUCCCAAUCCAGCGACCUCUUCCAGUCUCAAUUACGAUGAAGACGAGGAUGGGCCGUACAAGCCUCUGUCGCGGCCGCCUGGAUACGGACAAGGUGGGCCGCCGUCUCUUCCCUCCCUACCCCCCAAGCCCGAGGCCGGGUUCAGUCCGCCCCGAGGCGGCCGUGACCAGGGUCACCGCGGAGCCCAUCGCGGAGGGCGGGGUGACUUCCGGGGCCGCAUUCAGCGUGGCGGCAGCCAUCGUGGUGGCGACCGGAGACACGGCUCACGCGGGGGCGGAGGAGGCGGCGGCUAUCAGCAGUUUGGCCAUGACGGCGCAGCCUCACCUCAGACAGGUUUCCCAAGCGUUCCGCCACCUUCCCAGGCUCCCCAUGUACCCCCUCCCCCUUUCGGCGCGAAGCCCGCAGCGCCUUCUGGGCAAUGGCCCGCUCCUCAUGCCCCCUAUGCCCCCCCUCCCGUCUCAUAUUCGCCCCCUGCUCAGCCUCAGGUUCCCAUCCCGCACCAUCAGCCUCCCACGAGCAAUUUCAACUUCAACUAUCAAGCCUGGAAUCAAAACCAAGGCCAACAAUACCAGUAUCCUCAGGCGGCUUCCCACCAUCAACCACCUCCUCCCCAGCAGCCCGCAGCUCCCACCUAUGCACCGCCGUAUGUUCCCCCCCAGGCUCCUACAUGGCAAUCGGCCGGAACCGCGCCGCCGGUACCUCCGGCCGCUGGCGCUUAUAAUCCCACCUUCUAUGCCGGCUACCAGCAGCCACCACAAGCGCAGCAAGGCCAGCAGUACUGGCCUCAACAGCAGCAUGGUGCCUACGGGCAGGGGCCGAGUCAAUAACGACUGACAGGGUCAUUGUAUCACUCGUGGCUCGCCUUGAGCUCUACGGUUUGUCGAGCUCAGCCAGUUUUUUCCUAAGACGAGCGAGCGUGCGCAACCAAGCAAGCUCAGAGCCCUGGAGACGGAGCAUCGAGAGAUGCCAUGUCGCUGCUACCCUU